CCAAUAUGCCUUAACCUGUUUUUCUUUUUCUUUUGGUUCGUCAUACACAACUAUAAAGUUCCAUGAGCUUUACAUUCUCUAACUUAAGCUACAGGUUAAGUCUUUGGCUGAGCAGGAGAUACAGAGGGAAUUUUCUUCAUACCGUGAUCGGCAGACGAAUCCCACCGAUUGAAAGCACAUUUCUGAUAUGUUUCCCAAAUGCCAUGGCUUUGCUGGGUAGAUCAAGAUAUGCAUGCUGUAAGAGUACAUGAUCUUCUCAAAACUGCAAAUCUCCACAUGACCGCCCAAAAAUAGUCUUUUGAUGCGAAUCUACAUGAUCAAUGGUAAACGGACACCUGAUUUGAGCCUGAUGGGGACUAUGAAAGAUUCAACAGGAAAGCCCUUUGGUGGAAGAGUGCUCUCUAGAGUCUUCUCAGAGGAUUAUGAUGUGGUAGAGAAGAUAGUACUGGAUCCAAGAGGAACUUUUGUGGAUAGAUGGAACAAAGUUUUUUUACUGGCUUGCUUGAUUUCACUUUUUGUCGACCCCUUAUUUUUUUACCUACCGGUGGCUUAUGAAGAAGCAUGCAUUGAUGUUAGUGUAUCCCUUGAAGUGACCCUCACAGUCAUUCGGUCCCUGGUUGAUGCAUUUUACAUUGUUCAGAUUGUUGUUCGGUUUCGAACUGCUUAUGUUGCUCCGUCCUCUCGAGUCUUUGGGAGAGGAGAGCUUGUCAUUGACCCUUCAAAGAUUGCUUCAAGAUAUCUUCAUAAAGACUUUUGGCUUCACCUUAUUGCCGCCAUACCCCUUCCGCAGGUGUUGAUUUGGGCUGCAAUCCCAAGCAUAAGAGAUUCGGAAAUGACCCUUUCAAGUGUUGUUCUUCGUUUCCUUAUCAUUUUCCAGUACCUUCUGAGGCUAUAUCUUAUCUUUCCCCUCUCAUCUCAAAUUGUCAAGGCCAAUGGGGUUGUGAUGGCAACAGCAUGGGCUGGAGCAGCAUAUAAUCUGAUGCUCUAUAUGUUGGCAAGUCAUGUUUUAGGAUCUUGUUGGUACCUCUUAUCCCUUCAACGACAACAUGCAUGUUGGAAGAAAGUCUGUAGUCUUCAACAACAAGAUUGCAAAGAGUGGUUUUUUAGUUGCCGUGCAGUGAAUGAAACAAGUAGAAAUGCCUGGUUUAAGACCAGCAACAUCUCAAUUCUUUGUGGUGCAAGUACUGACUUCUUUCAGUUUGGUAUUUAUUCCGACGCAUUGACUGUUGGAGUUACAGCCACAAGUUUUUUAAACAAGUACUACUACUGUCUUUGGUGGGGCCUGAGGAAUCUAAGCUCUUUGGGACAGAAUCUCUUCACCAGCACUUAUAUUGGAGAGAUUAAUUUUGCUGUUAUCAUUGCGAUACUUGGAUUGGUGCUUUUUGCUCUGCUUAUAGGUAACAUGCAGAUGUACCUCCAAUCCACCAUGGUAAGACUGGAAGAGUGGAGGAGUAGGAGAACAGAUGCAGAAGAGUGGAUGCGUCACAGGCAACUACCACAAGAUUUGAAGCAGCGUGUGCGAAGGUAUGAACAAUACAAAUGGGUUGCAACUCGUGGAGUUGAUGGGGAAGCUGUUCUUAAAGGCCUUCCAAUGGAUCUCAGGCGAGAUAUUAAACGCCACCUCUGUCUUGAUCUAGUUCGACAAGUACCACUCUUUGAUCAGAUGGAUGAUAGGAUGCUAGAUGCCAUAUGUGAAAGGCUGAAACCUUACCUAUGCACUCCUGGAACUUGCCUAGUUCGUGAGGGCGAUCCUGUCAUUGAGAUGCUUUUCAUUGUCCGAGGUCGCUUAAAUUCUUACACCACCAAUGGUGGCCGCACAGGGUUCUUCAACUCAUGCUGCAUUGGUGCAGGCGAUUUUUGUGGUGAGGAAUUGCUAACCUGGGCCCUGGACCCUCGUCCAAAUGUUCUGCUUCCCUCGUCUACACGAACUGUGGAAGCUAUCACUGAAGUUGAAGCUUUUGCUCUCGUUUCUGAGGAUUUGAAGUUUGUAGCAGCCCAAUUCCGAAGGUUGCAUAGCAAGCAACUCAGGCACACAUUUAGGUUCUACUCGCACCAGUGGAGAACAUGGGCUGCCUGCUUUAUUCAGGCAGCUUGGUUUCGAUAUAAAAGACAUAAAGAAGCAGCUGAGCUCAAGAAAAUGGAGAUUCUAAAGACCUCUGUGCCCAAAUCUGCAGUAGAAGAGAGUGCAUCAUUGCCUCCACACUGCACAGGGUUUACCAUAUAUGCAGCAAAACUGGCAGCAAGCACUAGGAGAGGUGGAAGCAUGCGGCGUGCCUCAGAAUUUGACAUUCUAAGCUCAUUACAGAAGCCAGUUGAACCUGACUUUACCAUGGAAGAUAGGUAAAGAAAAAGCCUCCUACAUCAGUAAGCACUGGUAAGGGUGUAAAUGUAUUUAGAUAUGUUGCAUAAUAUCUUGCCAUUCUGCAGGUUACAAAACUUGCAAUUUUGGCAAAGCCUCAGUAGUAAAGUCUUUCCAUUGAUCAUUUUUUAGUUAACGUUGUCUUUAGGAUUUUGGCCCAAGCUAGUAGUUCAUUAGUAGCCCAAUUAUAUGUAUGCUCCAGGACCAGCUUACAGCUGCAAUUAAGGUUAUUAAGAUUACACAUCCAUGAAUGUAAAACUAAGUGUGCAAUAAUAUACAAAAUUUGAUUUGAUCGGUUA